AAGAUGUCCGUCACUACCAGGAUGGCAGACCAAACAUCAGGAACAAAAAUAGUGUACGACGCAGAUGGACACAUCGUGUCCCAGACUCCCGCACCUCGAGGCACGGGCACCACCGUGGUCAUUGAACAGUUGUUUUCUAGAAUGCCAGUGCGAUACCAACAACUGCAAAAAAAUAUCAAGAGAGAGUUUGCUAAGCUUCUGCAGAUGAUUCAGGCAUACUGCAUCAUUUCUACCAAUAUUCGCAUAAUUUGCACCAACCAGCCACUAAGGGGCUCUCGGCAGCAAAUGGUAAGUACGGGCAACAACAAGAACGUCUUGACCAACCUCAUCAAUGUGUUUGGGGCUAAACAGGGCAGAGAAGUAUCUCCCAUCGAAAUCAAAGCUGCCGACCCCAGCGGAGAAGAGGCCAUCCUGAAGAUCGAGGGGUUGAUUUCAAAUGUGCUACCCGUGUCGUGUGGGAGGAGUUCUGCUGAUAGGCAGUUCUUUUACGUCAAUGGACGACCGUGCGAUUUGGUGAAGGUGGCGAAAGCGGUAAAUGAAUCCUACAGAUCAUUCAACGCGCACAAGUAUCCAGUAGUUAUAUUGAAUAUCAUUGCGCAGAGAGCGAAUUGCGACGUGAAUGUGACGCCCGAUAAGCGAACAGUUUACCUGCAUGAGGAGAAGUCAAUCCUGGCCCUUAUCAAGUCCACGCUUGAUGGAAUGUACGAGCCCUCCAGGAAUACAUAUGCAGUGCAGACCACUUUGAAAAAUGUGUAUCAGCCUGUGAGGCCUGUGCUUCUGAGUCCGGCGGAUGCAAAGGACGCGGUAUUGCCGAUAUCACACGAAGCUACGGCAGCUACUACAAAACAGGAUAGCACUGACAAACGGGAGAGCGUUAACGGCCAACGCAACAUCGAGAGAACGUCUGAGAAUUCAAUCAGAGUGCGAACGGAACAGUUAGCGCGCAAAGCUAUUAUUGUCGACGCGAAUGAUGUCGAGUAUAUAGUAUCGUCAGAGGAAAGCGCCGACCUGAACACAGAGUCAGAGUCAGGCAGCGACAUGGACAGUCGCAGUGAAGACGGAGAUUGGAGUGCUGGUGAAGGCAAAACUGUGCAUGGGGAUAAAAACCGAUCCCAGUGGAAAAGAGGGGCUGAUGCGGCACUAAGUGAUGGUGAUGAUAUAUUAGAGCUGUGUGAUGAGAUCUUGGACUCGGGGGAGUAUGAUAAUCGGGGUGAGAACGGGCGUAGUAAAAAAGAAAGGCACGGGAGUAAGAGGAAGGUCGACUCUGGUUUAGAUCUGAACGAUAUUCCGGUACUCUCGGGAGGUUUGGCGAGGGCGCGAGAGGACUCCGAGAUGCGCAGGGAACAUAAGAAAUCAAAACACAGUGAUAGAGACAGAAGCAAGAAAUUGGUAAGGGUGGGUCCCGCUGUGGCUAUAAGCGGGCGGGGGCUGCGCACUGAAAAACCAGACACACCUGUUGAUGACAGGGAGAGUACCAGAAGAGAAAGGCAAAGGCAAGAAGACGGAGGGCCGGGGAAAGUAGAAGACGUUACCAUAGGCUUGGACCACUUUGAAGACGAAGACGAUGCAUUGGAUCUGCAGCCCAGCAGGGACGUUGUUGUGGCUUUAGAGGAUGAUGCUGAUGCUCAAUCGGAUGCGUAUUUGGGUGAGACCGAUGACUUGCUCGUAGAAGGUGGACUACAAGAAUAUGUAGAGCACACUGUUGAGUUUGACCUAGGAGCUCUCAGCACAAGUCUACACAGCGUGUAUAGAGCGGAGCGUACAGGUAGGCGUAGUCGUAUUAUCUGUGUGCACGUAUAAUCCUCAUAUGAAC